AUGGCAACGGAUGGCUCGAAACUCCCAGAGGCUUCCGCGCCCAAGCCAGAUGCGCCAAAGCCAGAUAUCAAGGUAGAGAAGAAACUACCUAACCCAAAUCCUAUCUACAAAUACAUGGGACUCGGGGAGAACUUCCGACCAAAACUCCCUUCGCGAAACUGGAUGAUAUUCCUCUCGAUUACUGGAUCCUUUACCGCAGCCAUUAUAUACGACAAGAGAGAACAGAGACGAGCGCAGAGGAAAUGGUGUAAGCUGGUUGAACAUAUCGCGAAGGAGCCACUGGAUCCAAAAUCAAUGCCUAGAAAGCUUACGGUGUUUCUGGAAGGUCCUCCGGCAGAUGGGCUACGAUCAGCGCAAGAUCACUUUAAGUUAUAUGUGAAGCCUAUUCUUGUGGCAUCAGGAUUGGAUUGGGAAUUUAUACAGGGCAGGAAAGAGGGCGACGUCCGCGCCGAAUUGGCUGAGAGAAUCCGCAAAUCUAGGUUACCACCAGCUCAGCGAACGGAAGAGAAUCCGGUAUUGGAAGUGCGCAGUAAAAGUGGCAUUCAGGAAUUCGAUGGUCCUCGUGGAGAUAUUGUCAUUGGGCGACAUACUUGGAAGGAAUAUGUUAGAGGCCUCCAUGAGGGUUGGUUAGGACCCUUAGUUGAGCCAGUCCGACCUGUCGUAGCGAAACCCGCAGAAGUACCAAUACCUGAAGAAAUCGGAACAGCUGUCAUUGCGCCCCCAGGCGAUAGUCCUCUAUCGUCAGACACAGAAAAUCCUCUCGAUGCGACAGUAAUCCAUGACACUUCAGUCGUCGAAGGAGCCGAAAAGGUUGCUCCCGAACCAGAACCAGAAAAGAAGCCUGACGAGAAACCGCCAAAGCUGGCGCCAUUUAUCUCAGUCGCCGAAUACUCAAACGCCGCUCUACCAAAAGAACUCCCCGCAGAACUCGACCCAUCAAUACCAAUCUCCUUCCCACACAUCCUCGGAUUCCUCAACACCCCACGACGAAUGUGGCGCUUCCUCAACCGCCGCGAAGUAGCAGACUCAAUAGGACGAGAAACAGCAGCUAUAAUCUUAUCCACCUACCGACCAUACCAUACCACCUCCUCAAACACACCGACCUCGUUCACAGCCGACGAUUCAUACACCUCACCGCAAGCAUCAAGCGAACAAGUCCCUCAAACAGCGGAACAACAAACCGCGCUCUACGAAGAAGAAAAAGAAUGGCAUAAAAGCACUCGGGUACGAAAAGAAGACGAGCCAGAACGAACGUGGUUAGAGCCCAUAAUCCUUGACCCGCGGAUAGCAAGUCGGAUGCGAAGAGCCGAGAUCACGGCAGAAGAGGAGGAGCGCGCGAAAACAUUCAAGAUCCCCGAGGAGGAGGUUGAAGGCUGGAUUAAAGGGGGUUUGAGAUCGCUUGGGCGGAGUACGAAGGAGUACUUUAAGAAGGCGGAGAGACCUGUUGCUGAGGGGUUGACAGAGGAUGAGGAAUAG